AUGAACCCAAUACAUAUUCCUUGGGGCCAAGAUGGCGGCACUGGAUUAUCACUCUGUGAUGCUAAUUCCUCUAUAGGGGGAAUGCCCUUUACGACUCUUUACAUUAUUGAACGGCAAGCAGAUCUAGAGGUACUCCAUGCGAUAGUUGAUAACCCGAAACUAAUGGCCAAAGAAAAGAUAUGCGGCUUCCUCUUCCUCAAUCAUAAUUUUUCCAUGCGCGGAUGCAAGAGAGCCAGAAUACUUGUCGAUACCUAUAAAUUCGAUAUACCCAUUGAAUUAUCUCUUGCCCACAAAACCAAAAUUAUACCAUGGGCUCGCAGCAGAAGAAGAAUGAAGAAAGCGCGGAGCUUGCCGAAAAGAAAAUCCAUCAGGGCCGAAAAGUUGCAGAAUUGGGAACACUCUAAUGAGCACACAGCAAGAACCCCCUUGCCUAACGUUGAUAAUUCAAAUCGCCUCCGUAUCCGCGGCGGAUGUCUGGGCCUGUUCAAAAAGAAGAAGCCUCUUGACGACGAGGAGGUUGUUCCAGCUUUGGUAUGGUGGUUUGCUGGAGGACGGUCGGCAAAUGAUGGUUCUCGGCCAACAGGGCAGCAGCUGAGAGAAUGGAAACGACGAAGUAAAGGGGACUGGGGCGAAGGACAUCAAAGAGGAUUCUUCAAAGAAUGUGUUUUCGUGAUGUCAAGAGGUAAACUAUGUCGACACCAGCGCCGCAGGAAACAGCCAGAACAGCCACCAGAGCCUGAAACGAGAACCGGAGCAGGCACCGGCUGCUGA